GGCCGAUGGGUGACUUGACUUGCUAUUGAGAAACCGGCCCUAUAACCACUAUGACAGAGCGUAAUAUCGAUAUUUAUCGAUUCGAUAUUCACAUAUCUUCUAAAAAACCGCCAUCACGCCCAUCACUAAGCUUUUUUUUUUGUUUGCAGCACUGAAUGGCGGGCUUCCAAUUUUCAAACAAAUAUCUUGGGGCUCGAAGUUAUAAAGAACCGAAUUUAUUUUUUGGUUGCUGGAUUACUUGGAUGAAUGCUUCUUCAAAUUUCAGCAAAUUGUUGAAUACAUUUUUGUUCUGAACAGAAAAAAAAAAAACUUUUUCUGACUUUGGUUUGGAUUGGUGUCUCCACCUAUCCGCGAUAUAUGCAAUUACCACCAGUAGAAAUGUCAGAAAUCAGCUGAGAUUUGUGUCUUGUGUCAUUAUUUUUAAUUUUAAAAAACUUUUAUUUUUAUUUUAUUGUUAUUUAAAUUUUAAAUUAAUUGCUUUUUUUUAAUUAAGUUUGACUAAAGAUGUUGUGUUUUUGAAACUUUAUACAUUAGUAAGUUUUGUUCUUAUUAAAGUUUGCUUAUCAUUAAUUAAUUAAAUAAUUUUAUUCAAAGAUAAUAUUAUCUGGUGUAUGAUUAAUCGAUUAGCCCUCAAAUUUUUAUUUUUAAAUUUUCUCUAUUGAAUAUUUGCCUAUUUUUCCCGGAAACAGCAUAAUUAUUUUCCAAAUACAGCAUUGUAUUGUUUUCGAGCUAACAUAGUUAUAAUUAAUACAAACUUAUAAAAUUAACAUAAUUAAUCAUAUUUUACCUUCGCAUUUAACUUUUAAAAAUACUUUUGAUAAUUAACCAAAACGUGCGCUCUUAUAAUUUCCUUCAAAACCCCAACUAAGCUCAGCAUAUUCCUGGCACCGAGCCAGUUUUGUCCAAAAAGCCUGUGCCGUAUGCCAAGAAUGUGUCGAGCGAGGCAUUCUGAAAUUAUUCUCCACUGUCCAAUAACGGCCGAUUUUCGCAGUGACGAUUUUUCCUGUGAAAGAGAGUGCCUUUUUUUUUGGAUGCGGAUUUUGAGUUUUAUUUUUUGAAUUUUGUUCGGUAGGUGUUAAUGGCAGAACAUGGCUGGAGAACCUAUAGUCGUGCAGGCACUCUAUACAUUUAAAGGGAGCAACAAUGAUGAGUUAUGUUUCAAAAAGGGCGACGUUAUAACUGUAUCCCAAAAAGAUGACGGCUGGUGGGAGGGAACCCUUAACGGAAAAACAGGCUGGUUCCCUAGUAAUUACGUUAAAGAAUGCACAGAUAUACCUAAACCAGUUUUACAGCAAGAAAACGAAUACAAAAAUGUAGUUUUAAAAGAUCUCAUUGACUCGGAAAAGGCUCAUAUACAGGAAUUGGGCGGACUAGUAACGAAUUAUUUGCAACCUUUGGAAAAAAGCAACUUAUUGACCCAAGAUGAAUUCAAACAACUCACUGGUAACAUUAACGAAAUCCUGGAUACCCAUCAGCAGUUACUUACACUGGUGGAACAAGAGUACUCUAAACCUGGCACUGAUCAACUAGUGGGCAAAUUGUUCCUAAAUUUGGCACCCAAAGUAAAGUCGGUUCAUCAGACUUACUGCUCGUUACAUCCCAGAGCAGUUGUGAUUUUGGAUAAAUACAAAGAUGAAUUGACGAAAUUUAUGGAAUCAAAAGGCGCCGCUAGUCCUGGUAUUCUAGUCCUCACCACUUUGCUAAGCAAACCUUUUAGAAGAUUGGAAAGAUACUCUGGAAUGCUGCAAGAACUGGAAAGGCAUAUAGAAGAGUGUCAUUCUGAUCGGGGUGAUACUCAAAGGUCUGUCAGUAUUUAUAAGGAUAUAGCGACAACUUGUUUAGCUACUAGAAGGCAAAAGGAAUUAGAAUUACAAGUAUUAACUGGUCCAGUAAGAGGGUGGGAAGGGCCAAAUUUGACCACAUUAGGCGAAAUUAUUUAUAUGGGUAGCGUAGCAGUAGGUACUCAACAUCACGACAGAUAUUUUGUCCUCUUUCCCGCCACUUUAGUCAUACUUUCUGUCAGCCAUAGAUUGAGCGCAUUUAUAUACGAGGGAAAACUGUUUCUUUCUGGUCUGCAAGUCACUCGGCUAGAGGACACAGAAACGUUAAAGAACGCCUUCGAAAUAAGCGCGCCCAUGAUCGACAAACGAGUUGUUGUCUGUCAAAGUAAACAGGAAGCUGACUACUGGGUCGAGUUGUUAUCCAAAACUCAAGGGAUGAGGACGUCGACAACGUCUAUCAGCAGUCACAAAGCUUUGCCUAGUCAGGCCCAGUAUGUGCCUCAACCACCUCCACAUCUGACCGCAAGCUUGAACCCAAGAGGCUACUGCAACCGAUCAUCAGUAUUAUCCUACAGGACGGCCCUCAACUAUCGUCCCACUUAUCCCCCGGUUUCGUACCCUCCUGCCGCCCCUUAUGCAGCCCUCACUAAGUUUUAUGCAAAAAAGAUCAAAGAACGCGCUCUUACGCGCAAGCUCCUCCGCAACUUGCUCUACGCGGAACAUCUGAACAAGAUGAACCUAAACUUAGUGAAAAUUCGGCAUCACAAAACGGAGGUGGUGAUAAUGACUAAAAAUUUGCACAUAAGAGACAGCGUUAUUAAUUGCGAUAGUGACGAAGAUGGAGAUUCCUCUGAUGAUGAUAAUGAUAAUCUGAAACCGAAAUCAGAUUCGAAUUCUAGCAGUUCUAGCAGCAACCCUUUUGGAUAUGUACGCUAUUACAACCCACAAACUGGCUCAGAAAAAGAAGAAACUUUCAGAUACGAAAGUUUCAUUGAUUAUGGUGAACCAUACAAAGUCAAAGAGCCAGAUGAAGUUAGUAUUUCCUCACUAAAUAGAGGCCCAAAAGUUGUCGAAGACGAACCCAAAAAGCCUAGCAUAGUUCUAACAUCUACCGCCAGGUUGAAUUUGCUUCAAAAACAAUGGUCCGAAGAGUCCGAAGCAAGUUCAACGAUGUCGCCGCGCAAAACUGGCAUGGCUUGUGAAAAUCUACAUACUUUAGAAGAAAAUAUGGAAUUCGACUCUAUAAACUUGUCAGAGAGUUAUAUGCCUAUUAUGAGGCAAAGUUGCCCUACUAAAUUCGUAGGCAAUAAAUUUAACGAAAGUAGUUUGACUACUGUAUACAUUCCUCCUUGGUCGAGCAGCGAAAAUAAUAUAUCUUGCAGAACCAGGCCUCAGUUAACUCCACCAAAUAGUACAGCUACAACACAUUCGAGCAGUUUGGAAUUGCCUGCAAACAUUUUACCGUUACCUGACAGAAUGCUCGCUGAGCUUUUGUACGGAGAAUUUGCAAAAGAGUCAGAUUUAACUCAACGCCCUGUGAUAAACCCGCCUUCCAUGUUCAGAGCUGAUUCAAUUAGCCUUAAUUUAGAUAAUGUACCAUUUCGUAAGCACAGUAUUAAUUCUGAUAAGCCUAGGAGGAGGUGCAGUAUUCAAAUGAAUCCUACCGAUCUCAAAGACAAAGCGAUUAAAAGGUGUAAGAGUUCAAAGUUUUUAAAUAUGGGCUGUGGAAAUGAGCCUGGUUCUUCAACUAAGUCAAUUUGUCGAUGCGGGGCUGAAUCAUGUCACAGUCACAGUCACAGAUCUUCCGAUUCAGGAAUGGCAGGUAGUUGCUCAUUGAAUAGUCCAGAUUUGGCCAAUAAUACUUAUAAUGAAGAAAGGCAUAGUAAUGAUAAUACGAUGAGUUUGUUGUAUCGCGAGGGUAUAAGCCUGAGUGAGAUUGAGGCAAGAAAUUAUGAGAACGAAUGUCCGUAUUCAUCUCCUUUUGGUUCCACACCCAGAACCUCCGGUGAAACCAGUCACACAAGAGACUCGUUGCGCACCACUUCGGUAACCAGCAUGGACAUGUUUCCGAACCAGUGGCCAGUUCAAAAAAUGUCGAUUUCUUCGGCGGGACCACAAAAGUCCAAAUCUGCAAGUUCGCUGUUGGACCAUCACGACCAGACUGCUGAGGACGAGGAAGAGGAGGCUCCGCCCACGUUCAAAUCCGGACUGUACGCCCACUGGUGGCUCAAAGCCAAACUGCCGCCGGAAAUUUUGAGGGGCAUUUACGAGGAGACGCGCAAACAAUCCAACAAUGCAGACGUCUCCGCUAAUUUCCGCCGCAAGCUCUAACCAUUCAGCCCCUAGUUCGCUUUUCGGGGGCUCCGUCGGGGGAGUAACGCUUCGUUGUUCUUCGCCCGUAGCAGGAUCAAGUUGGUCUGCGAUUUGUUUAAGACCCUCUGCGCCCCUAAGGCCGUGUUUAGCUCUAGGACCGGCUCCAGGGAGACCUUAUCAAAGGUACAACAACAGACGGUCCACCACUUACAAAGAGGACGGACUUAUUUUGGAUGUUAUUGAGGCGUAUUGUUCGUUGGGCAAACCACGAAGUACUGUCAAUUCGGUUGCAACCAGUGAGAGUUCCAAAACCGAUUCGACCAAAACCAACGUUUCAGAAGUCGUCACUUUGCUCGAAUCCAAAUACUAUGUGUUGGAAUACAAAGUGGCGACGUUGGCCUCUCAACUCAACGAGGAACGAGAAGCCAGGAUUUCGCUGCAAAAUAUUUUAAAGGAACAGCUGAUUGGUAACAAGAAAACGGAAAUGAACAGUAUUCCUGCGUUGGAAAAUAACAUAUAGGGUGUUUUUUGUUUUUUUGAGGCCUGCAAAGGUAUUUUGGAUUUUUAUUAGGUACAAUACGGUAUCAGACCAAAGUUUUACUUAAUUUUUUGGGGUUUUUCGUCUCUGCAAUAGGCGCUUUAAAAUUACAGUGUGCAAUAACAUUAUCAUAGUGUAUCUAAUCAAAUUUGUUGGUUUUAGGGCCAGUUUAUUCACUUUCUGAUAAACUGUCAGGUAUGUAAUCUGUAAUUCCAUCGGUCAGCCAGUUAUCUCGCCAACCAAUAGAUUUAUAGAGCGGUGAAUUUAUCUUGCAGGUAUAUACGAGAAAGUUUAUCUAAAGAUGAAUAAACAGGACCUUAGUGUAAUUGAUAUACAAAUACUCAUUUUAGUGUGCCAAUUUUUUACCAAAUCCCAAAAUUGUCUUUCAAAUGUUUAUCAAUAAUGGCAGCUCUUAUUGUUAUACAGGGUGUUCCAGCAUUUCAAAUGCUUAUAACUUUUGAACCAGGUGUGCUAGCUUCCUGCGGUUUGCGCCAUCCGACUUCUCUUGGCCUAAAGUUUUCUCCAGUUAGUUGCAAAUUUUUCUGAUACUUAUACAGGGCCAGUAAAAAAAAUGUUGUUUUUCAACAUCGAAAUUCUCCAAUAUUUUUAAUGGAACGCCCUGUAUAUCACAACGUCAAAAAAAAAAGUCAUGUACAAGGUAUCCAUGUACCAAAAAACAUCGUCCUUGAAACAUAAAGCUUUAGCAGUAAUAGUUAUUUGUAUACCAAGGCCGCGAAGUGCCUUUUAGCGUACGUAGAGAAAAGUUAUCGCCGAGGCCGCUUGCGGCCGAGGCAAGAUAAUCUCGAGGACGCUAAAAAGUUUCGCGGUCAUGGUAUACACACUAUUUUUUGUGCAACCAUGAAAAUUAUGUGGAAUUAUAGAAAAAAUGUACUCCUUUCAACAAACAUGUGGAACUAAUUACCAGUUUGAUGUAUAACCUGGUGGCUAUGGUGGCACAGCGUUUCCAUGGAUGUCAUGGAUGACAUAUUUUGCAAGUAAACAAAUACACAAAAAAUUUUGACGGUUCUCAAAAAAUCGUGAAAAUAUCCGACAGCGAUACAGAUGUUUCACUCUCUUGCACUCCUCCAGAGCUAAAAAAUAUGGUUCAAUCAGCUAUUUCUGAGUUAAUACCUGGAAAACUAAGCGGCAAUAUGAAAAUUGUUACUGCGAGUUCAAAAAAUUGGUGUGACAAACAAAACGUCAAAAUGGUGUCUGAAAGCAUAUUGGCUAAUUUAAUGCCGAAAUGGGAAGUUUUGAGAGUUCAAUUCAAAAACACUGGAUUAUUAGUUGCUUCAGCUUUAGGAGUAAAUAUUAGUAAUAAUGCAAACUGUCAUGUAAGUGUUAAUAUUUAUCCUAAAUAAUUUAUGUUGUUCUGAAGAAUUUGGAAAUAAAAUUUACUUAUUGUUGUUGUCAAAGUGUCAAAUUUUGAUUUAUAGUUUCGCGGCCGUCACCAAGGGCAACGGCCGCGAAAUUGAAUUUCGCGGACUGUGUGGCGGCCGCGAAAGCUCAUUUUGCGGAUGGUUGCACAAAAAAAAUUGAAAUCGAAAUCCUGGUAUUUUUGCAAACGCAUUUUUUAUUAGAAUAUUUACAAAGUUUUGAAAUUAUGUUUGUCUAAUAGAAAGGUAAGACAACCUGCAUAAAGCAAUAAGAAUUGCUGUAUAUGUUUGCCAUUCUGCUCCACGCAUUUAUGGAGUCGGAUCAGUAAAUGGUUGAAGCAAUUGUGUAACAUUUCAGCAGGAUUGUGCAUGCUUGCUGGGACUCUGUAACGAAUAUAGAUAUUUUCUCUAUCUCUAUUGGCGUCCCCUCUCUAUUGAGUUCGAAAAGAAGAAGACAGCAAGUGCCAUAGCGAUAAGGAUAAUGAUCUAUCGGUUACAGAGUCCGAGCCCCCAUUAUUCUUUAAUAUCAAGAGAAUCAUUAGAUAUGAAAUUUGGAGAAAGAUGGAUAGGAGCUGGUCCUAUAGAAUGGGCACCUUACUCUCCUGACUUGACGGUUCCAGACUUUUUAAAAAAUGCGUUUGCAAAAUACCAGGAUUUCGAUUUUAACUUUUUACAGCUGAAGUUUUAUAUGUAUUUCGAGGACUAUGUUUAUUGAUAUGUGGAUAGUUCUGUGCAUGGAUACCUUCAACAUGACUCUUUUUUUGACGUUGUGAUAUACAGGGUGUUCCAUUAAAAAUAGUAGAGAAUUUCGAUGUUGAAAAACAGCAACUUUUUUUACUUUAGCACACCUGGUUUAUAAGCAUUUCAAAUCACUCUAGGCUGGGACAGCCUGUAUUUUUAUUAUACAAUUAUAAUAAUUAUUAAUGUCUGUCCUCUCUUGUAUUAACAUUAUUGACUGAGAUUUAAUUUAUUCAAUAUAGCACCUAGGUUUAGGUCUGAUAAUGAGAAUAAAAGUUUUAUUAAUAAAUUAACAUGUAGGGUAGCCUUGUUGAUUGUAAAUCUUUUAUUUUUUUUGAAAGGCUACCCAAGGUGUUUUAGACAAAAGAAAUAUUUUAAUUUUUGUAUUUUAUUUGUGAGAAAUUUUUAAAUAAAAUUUUGUUAAUAUUUUAAAUAGGCAUUUUAUUGAGUUCACAAAAAUAAAAUAAUCAUUUAUAAAAAAAAGUCAAGCACCUAGUGCUACCUAAAUCUUGAGUUUCCUAAAUUAUAAUCAAAAAAAUGAUUGACCUUCACAGAUCAUUCAUAAAAGUGGCAUCCUAAUCCAAUACAUAUUUAUUUUAUGUAUGUACAGGGUGGUACAAUUUGAGCCUUAAAGUGGGGAGGUUCAUUUUUCUAGGGCCGGUUUAGUGGAGUCAUUUUUUUUUGUCUGACAUUUUGAGGGAUGAAUGUGGCCAACAUUAAAAAAAAAUUCUUCAUGUAAAUCAAUUUUUUUCUUCUGCAAAUUUUCGAACGGAAGGCAGGCAUUAAAAUCACCCACAUUCUCAUCAGCUUAGUAGCCAAAUUCAACCCUCAAAAUGCCAGACAAAAAAAAAUGACUCCACUAAACAGCCCCUCUAUCUCACAGUCUAAUAUUAAAAGCUCGUUUAAAAGUAUCCAAAUUGGACCACCCAGUACCUACUUUGGGUUAUUUUUCAUUGUUUUUUCUAUGCAAUAAGUACUAGUUUCAAAAUAAAACAUUUCAAGAGUGGUCGAUUUAAUUUGCAACCAAGUGCAAUAAUGGAAGAUUUUUUGAAAAUAAAUUACAGUACGAGCAGCAAUCAUUAAAUACCUCUUACAUACAGUUUCACAUACACAAUAUUGCUACUUAAUAAAUUGUGCAAAAGUCAAUAUUUCUCAAUUUACAGAGAGAAUAGAUGAAUACAAAAGGCAAAAAUUUUAAAACAAGGAACUGAAUAUAAUGUCUUUGAAUUUUCCUUAUAGGAUAGAUGAUAUGCUACAAAAAAUCAAACUUAAAAUUUUCCAAUUAGUUUCUACUAAUUGAAAAUAAAAAAAUAUAAUAACAGAAUAAAAAGUGGAAAUAAAACUAGAAAAAUAAGGAAUAUAAAAUAUCACAGUAACAAUUCUAUUAUGUAGUAUUUUCUAUACAUGAGACUUUUGGAUUAUUUUCUAGAAGAGAUUUUUUUCAAAAAUAAAUCAUAGAGGGUUACUCAAUUCUAUUUCUAGUCAUUGUUGGAAUUCUCAAACUGUGAAACCUAACAAGAAAUCUGAUAAGAGUAAUCAUUCUCAAGUAUUUAAAAUUUGUGAAAAUUACUGAAUCUGAGAAUUCCUCCAGAUAUCAAAAGCCAGAAAAAGGUGAAAAAAAUAGAAUAACCCCCCAUAACAAUUCAGAAAAAAUCCCACACUCACCUUUACAAUCAACACUUCUCAUUCCUAAACGUCUCAAUCUUAUGCUGAGCAAUAGUUUGUUGUUUCAUGUAACGUGCGUACAUUUGCCUGGCCUGAUUCAGCACCCUAGUGACAUCAUGUUUACGCACCAUCUUAUCGAAAUGCAUCGCCAUUUCAUUGUAAUCCAUACUUUUCCCGAUGAUAUGUUCGCGAUGUUGCAGUAGCACCGUGAGGCAGAGAAACAUUAAAAACGGAUUGCCGCCCCCGAAUUCGUGAGGCGGCGGCAGAAAAGUCGAAGUUUUGAUUUCUUGGACUUCUUCGCAGGAAUUGGUCAUGGUACCGUUGUGGAAAUUUUGACAGGCGACAAGGGCUCUGGGCUGUGGUAUCGGCUCGGCCAAAUUCACUACUACUUUCUGGGUGGUUUCGAUUUUGCUUGUCGAAUUUAUUAUUCUUAUGGGCGUUACGGUUUUGGUGGCCGACGUUUCGUUUACCAUUGUAGGGGCGUCAUAGUCGAUGUCGUUUUGUUCGUCCGGAGUGUCUUGCAAUUCGGGCACAGCGUUUUUAGGGCUGGUUUGGUGCAAAGGAUUUUCCCAAAUAAAUACGU